CCCAGCCUUGACCAACAGGCUGGAGCAACGCUGCUCGAACCUUCCGUACAACAUGGCGGCUCCCAAGGCCGAGGCACAGGAGACAGUCUUCCGUACAACAGGGCCGCCCACAGACUCGGAGCCGCGCCCCUUCCCGCCCAGCUCCCGGAAGUUUCCUUUUGAAAGCGCGGCGGCCGACUCUACGGAGGACUGGGCAGUUGCUGCGGAGCAUCUUUUGAAAGGAAGCGGAGAGGACUCCGAAUUGGAGCACCUGGCACCGGGGGUCCAGCCAAGCCACCUGGCUACGAUGGCCAGUGCUAAGACGGUAUGCGACGCGCAGCCCCACUCGAUGCCUAGCUGCGCCUUGCCCGCAGAUACACAAACUCGAGCUACUUCUAAACUACCUGUUAAAUCCAAAGAAGCUGAUAUGCUGAGACAUUAUCCAGGAGGUUCAGAGCCUGAUGUUACAAAAGUCACCAAGCCAAGACGAGAGAAUGGGCAGGUAAAAGCUGCAGAGCCGGCCAGCAGAAGGACCAUCAGAAACAGCUACAAACCAUUUAAUAAGCAAAAACCGGAGGAGGAACUGAAGGAUAAGAACGAGCUGCUGGAGGCCGUCAACAAGCAGUUACACCAGAAGCUGACAGAGACUCAGGGAGAGCUGAAGGACCUGACACAGAAAGUGGAGCUACUGGAGAAGUUUCAGGAUAACUGCUUAGCAAUUUUGGAGAGCAAAGGUCUCAACCCAGGCCAAGAGACCCUGGCAUCAAAGCAGGAACCCAGCACAGAUCACGCGGACUCCAUGCUGCUGCUAGAAACUUUGAAAGAUGAACUGAAGGUUUUCAAUGAAACUGCCAGGAAGCAGAUGGAGGAGCUACAGGCCUUGAAGGUGAAGUUGAAGUUGAAAGAAGAAGAAAGGAUCCAGUUCCUGGAGCAGCAAACCUUAUGUAAGGGCGAAGCCAGUGACUUCACAAUAGUCCUGGAGGACAUGGAGCAGCUCUUAGAAAUGUAACGAGAGGCAAGGCAAGCGGCCGGACGGCUUCUUCCUGGAUAACGCUCGGCUGAGGCCGCUUAGGAUAUCGUCAAGGACUCACCGUCCCUUAGGUAAAGACCUGCAGCAGUUGAUCCGAUAAGGGCUGGUGAUGCUGGGGCUCUUCCUUUAAGCAGAUUGCCCCUCCUUCAGAUGGCUCUGCUCUCUUGCGAGAGAGGAACCUGGGAGUUUGACUCCACUUCCUGUGCAACAGAUUGAGGAGCAACCCUUAGAACUAGGAUGCUAAACCAGCCGCCUUGGAGACUCUAGAGACUCUUAACUCGGAAACAUGGGAAGAAAGCCUACACCACAGUAGCAUGUGUGCUGUGCAGGAGAUGUCACUGCGAGCCAUGCUGUCCCCUUUGUCUAUCUGGUUGAGCUAAGUUUAUGAACUUGAAAUUCUUGAAGGUUUUUGGCUUAAUAAAUGGGGUGGAGGUAUACAAAGUGACACCUGAAACUACACCUAGAGCUUUCAAAAUAAAUAUUUCUAUGAAUAUUAA